AAGAACGAAACAUGGCGAUUGUUUUGACGUCGUUGAGGUCGUGUUUUACAUAGAUACACGACGCUUUUUGUUGUCGACGGUUUUUAAAUUAUCAGCAAUAUUAUCCACUCAAAUCCUAUCCAGUCAACAUGACUUCUCCAUACAACAACCUAAAAAGGAACAAGAAGGUUGCACUUCCUGGCCAAAGAGCUGCACCCUACAGAUCAACACCAGUUACAGCGGACAAACUUCUUAAUGAGAUGCUACAGAAGGUAGAGCUGCAGGAAAAGAGUGGUGUAUACCUCGGUGAUGCUCCAUCGGCUGGCAUUGGUCCGAGUAAGAAAACCCAAGCUAGUGGGAAAACUCCAACCCCAGCACCAAUGGAUAUGGAUCUUAUGAGUGGUAUGAUGAGCAGGAUAUCUCAAUUGGAGAUACAGGUUAAAUAUUACACUAAAGAGAUUGUAGAUAAGGAUAAGAAAAUAUGUGUUUUAGAAGAAAAAGUACAUCUUUUACAAAAAUAUAAAGGAUCUAAUGAGGAGAGCAGUAGGUCGAAUUUUCAUCAUCAGGAAUUAGAAAGAAAGUGCCAGAAACUAGAACAAGAGCUUCAAGACAUUCAAGUUAGUUAA